AUGCCCGUUUCACUAUUUGCCAUCGGGUUUCUGUCGGGCUUGCAAUCGCCGAAGAUCACAACCCAAUCGACCGUCGUUCACGAUUCAUCGCCCCUAGUCACCGCCUCAUCAUCCACCAUUGGUAAAACCCUCCACCGCAUCACCACCGUCGGUUAUCUGUUAGUCGUUAAAAUCUCUUCUAUCAAAUCGACGGCGAAGGCGGAGCUAUCGGAGGUGUACCGCCGGAGCUCCAGCUUCGGCAGCCUGGUCACCUGCCUGACGGAGACCUGGGGCGGCCUGCCUUUCAAGGUCGACGACUCUGAGGACAUGGUCAUUUACGGCCUCCUGCGCGACGCCGUUAGGGACGGCUGGACGCCGGACCCGGCGAAGAACGGCGCGAGGGUUUGGCUCGGGACGUACGAGACGGCUGAGGAGGCUGCUUCGGCUUACGACCGGGCGGCUUACAGGAUGCGCGGCUCGAAGGCGCUGCUGAACUUCCCGCACAGGAUCGGGCUCAACGAGCCGGAGCCAGUCAGGGUGACGGCCAAGCGGAGGUCGUCGCCGGAGAUGUCCGGGUCGGACAGCGGGUCGCCCAAGCGGAGGAAGAAGGAGGCUGCGGCCGAGCCGGAGGUCGGGAGCCAGCCUCGGGUGUUCCAGGUGACAACGACGUCGUUGCCAGCUGGAGGGACACUAGUGGUGGCGUGA